CCUACCUGGCUGAUACCGGAUGGGGUGGUAAAGUUUCGAGGGCGCAGAGCCGCAGCCGGCGCUUAAGUAGUUUAAAUUCUCUCAGAAGAACUCUCAUUACUCUCGGAGCUAGCUUAGCCUAACUAACUAACUAUGCUAUGCAGCGUAGGUUAUAUUAACAACAUAUUAUAUUUCAGAGAUGGGACCCGCGUGCAGGCCAGGAGAUGGUUCUGGCAACACCCCCCCAGGUUUCCCCCCCCCACCAAAAGGUGAGAGGUGUGGGCUGACAAUGCUCCGAAAAAUUCAAAAUAUCGCUGCAAAACAAGUUCAAACGGUUGAGCCAAUGAUCAGCAGGGCUAAAGUUUAGAUCUUUGAGCCUAUUGCCGAAGGUUAAAUAAAUGGACAACCAGAGUUUCCCACAGCUGACUGAAACUACUACCUUUUUGAACCAGAGAGUUUUUUCGAUCUCCCCCACCUCCCCAACUCUCUCCCUCCUCUUCGUGGAGAGGAAACAUGGCUAAGGAGAGAGCGCUCAUGCAUUUCACGAUUAGUUACCAUGGAGCCGGUAUUGGAUCUCAUUACUGCUCUUCAAGAACUAACUGCUUUUUUACCUGCUUUACCUGCUUUACCUGCUUGCCUGCUUGCCUGACGAUAUGAUAUGUGUGUGGCGCUUUCAAAGGAAGAAACACACAACGCCGCUGGGCUAUGAAUCUUGGCGUCAUCACCUCUUGGUUGGGGCUGUACAGCAGCACCGAAAGACUACAAAUAGCUUCCUGUUAGAAGAUGAUGGGACAUGAAUCAGUGCCCAUCAUUAGACCUUCUUUUGAGAUAUCUUGAACUUUCCUCCAGAGAUGCGUAUUUUACCCAUGGGGCUUGCCGUUGGUAUAGAUAGAUCCUAUACAAGAAUUCAGACCCUCCAACGUCAAGAGGUGUUUCUACGCAGAGAUUCCAAGUUUAACUCUUGCAGUGGCUGGAGAAACCAUUUUGUACCCAGAGUUACCAGGCUUGACACGCGGAGAUCAAUCAAACUCUAGACCAAAGUAUGGAAGGUUUAUACCGUGGUUCAAAGUCAAGUCCUACGCUCUGUUGUCUCUGGUUUCUCUCAUUCGCACUUGUCAGUUCAACAAGCGAACUUAGAAUAGGUUUAAAGUUGAGGAGCGCGCAUAGAUGCUUUUUUAAACCCCCGAGAGGAGGAUGGCAAAGAAAUAUAGAGGCCCAAAGCCGUUGGUGUUUGCUGGUACGGUGCACGCUGUGCUAAGAAGCUCUAUAAGCUCUACCACGCACAAGAACAUGGUUUGGUCGGAUUUCCAUAAUAAAACCUCCUCCUCCUCCUCCUCCCCCGCUUUCCAACUGAUCUCGAGACCUCGCAACUCCCGCCAUAUCUAUCUAUUCUCUCUAUCUUGAUCUCCUCCUCCUCACCUUCACCUCACUUUCACUACAUACAAACGACGUCUCUCCUCUUAUCGCCUACAAGUGUGAACAACCAUCGCUUCCAAUAACAGAAAAAUCUCGUGUUUCGUAAUCGUCUAUUCGAACAAACUUAAGUUCAUAGGUCUGUCUAAGUGUGUCAGCUGUUGACCGCAAGUUCCCAGCUCCCAAGCAACAACCAUGGCGCCAAAUGACAUAACAUGGACCUCUGACGUGAACCGCGUCGAGGCUCCCAUGACAGCCAGAGCAUAUAUUCUCUGCGCCUUCGCGUCGUUUGGAGGUAUCCUCUUCGGAUAUGACUCUGGUUACAUCAACGGCGUCCUGGGCAUGAGCUUUUUCAAGCGAACCUUUGGCCGCCCCGUCCCCCUGUCUGUCGACGAAACUGGAUUCAACAUCGCAACCCAGCAAAAGUCUCUUAUUGUAUCUGUUCUCUCCCUUGGAACUUUUGUGGGAGCUCUCGUUACCGGCUCAAUAGCUGAGGCCAUCGGUCGUCGCUAUACCAUUAUGCUCUCCUCCUUCUUGUUUUCAAUCGGUGUGGCCAUCCAGGUUGCCUCAACCCAGGUUAAUCCCCUCAUUGGCGGACGACUUGUUGCUGGUCUGGGUGUUGGCGGUAUCUCGUCAGUCGUGAUCCUCUACGUCUCUGAAAUUGCUCCCAAGAAGUUUCGCGGUGCCAUGGUCUCCGUUUACCAAUGGGCUAUCACUAUUGGUCUUCUGGUUUCCGCCUGUGUCAACCAAGCAACACAAAACCUCGACAACUCUGCGUCCUACCGCAUUCCUAUCGGGCUGCAGCUGCUCUGGGCCCUUAUCCUUGGCGUGGGGCUCUACUUUCUUCCAGAAUCUCCGCGUUAUUACGUGAAAAAGAACAAGCUCGACGCAGCUGCUGGCUCUCUCUCCCGCAUCCGUGGACAGCAUGUCGAUUCAGAUUACGUCAAAUCAGAGCUCGCAGAAAUCGUCGCCAACUAUGAAUAUGAGUCCAGGAUUAGCAGUACCAGCUGGAUCGACUGCUUCAAAGGUGGACUUAACCCAAGCGGAAACUUCCGUCGCGUUAUUCUCGGUACUGCAUUACAGAUGUUCCAACAACUCACUGGUGUUAACUUUAUUUUCUACUAUGGAACUACUUUCUUCCAGCAAAGUGGAAUACGAAACGCCUUCUUAAUUACCAUCAUUACCAACGUCGUCAAUGUUGCCUCUACACCGGCCUCGUUUUACAUCAUCGAACGCUUCGGGCGUCGAACCCUCCUUAUCUGGGGAGCAGCGGUUAUGCUUGUUUGUGAAUUCAUCAUUGCUGCUGUUGGCACUGCUCUCCCUGGCUCCAACGUAGCCUCCAUAUGCUUGAUCGUAUUCGUCUGCAUCUACAUCUGUGGAUUUGCCUCCACUUGGGGACCAGGCGCGUGGGUGUUGAUCGGAGAGAUUUUCCCCUUGCCUAUCCGUGCACGAGGCGUUGCUCUUUCCACUGCCUCUAACUGGCUUUGGAACUAUAUCCUCGCCCUUAUCACUCCAUACCUCGUCGACCCUGAAAGGGCAAACCUGGGCUCGAAAGUUUUCUUCAUCUGGGGUACAACCUGCACCAUCUCCAUGCUCUUUGCCUAUUUCUUCGUCUACGAAACAAAGGGACUGUCCCUCGAGCAAGUCGAUCGCUUGUUCGAAGAGAGCAGCGCUAAGAACAGCAGCAAAUGGAAGCCCCAUGAGACCUUCGCUACCCGCAUGGGCUUGGCCUCGUCUGAAAACGGUGUUGGAAAGGAUUCGGUGACCAAAGAUGAGGCCGAGACCGUCUAGGUCCGGUCGAGUACAGCUACAUGAAAAACAUGCGGAAUGAGCUGCCAUGGUCUGUGAGCUUCAACGUGCCUCUUGCUAUUAGACGAGAAUCACAUUCAAUCUAUUUAGUGUAUAUGCCCUUCACUAACAGACGCCAAUGAAUGCUUCACCUUCACCGCUAAUCCACUACGCGCUUUUUGCUGGAAAAGAUUUUAAAAAAAUAGAAAAAACUAAAGAGCAAGAACUUCAGCGCGCCCCCCCCCUCCCCCUUCUGAAUUCUAAUUUCUCCUUUUCUACCCUUUUACCCUUCCAUCUAUGUUUUAUUAUUCGUUAGCGGUUUUCUUUGUCCCAUUACUUUUGCUUUCCACUUCAUCGUAAAUUGAUAUAUUGGGAGUUAACUCACCAGAUCGAUACGAUAUGAGUUUAUUUGAUCUACUGCUGGAUUUUUUUAUCUUCCAGCUUUUUGUUUCCAUAUUUUCUUAUCUCCUUUCUUUUCCUUUUCUUUUUCUUUUUCGUUCGCCUUUAAAAACGAAACAUUCUGGGUUUCUUAUUCUAGUUCUUGCUUUUCCCAAUCUCUCCUAAUAUCCAUGAAUUCUACUCGCCCCCAUCCCCAUCUCUGACGAGGAGAAAGAAAAUUCGUCGAUUUUUUAUACAUAUGUAUCUGCCUUCCAUCUGUGUAUGAAUGUAUGCAUGUAUGCACGCUUGUUUGGGCUGUUUUGUUUUCCGAGUUAUAAUAAUCUGCUUUGGCCAUAACAUAACCCCCCAUCUUCGUCUAUACUAUACCCCAAAUCACUAGCGCAUCACUAGCUUGCUUUCCUCGAGUUAACCCCGCUGGGCCACAUUCUCGGUUAUCUAUCCAACCGUUGAAACCCGUGAGAAUAGGAUAGAAGACCAUGCAAUGGUUCAAACGUUUUGAGGAGAUGUUUACAGAAGCUAUAUUUUACACUUGUUCUGUGUUGCAUGUUGUUUAAUU